ACGAUUGAAAGCACAAAUUUCAAGUCUCCGCAUUUCGAUUCUUCGCAGGCAGGUUUGACGACCGAAAACUCCAAUUUCAAGUUUCCACAAGCAGUUUCGACGACUGGAAGCUCCAAUCACAAGUCUCUGCAGUCAGUUUUGACGACCACAAGCUUCGCUCCCAAGUCUCAGCAAUCGCCUUUGACUGUCCAGUCUCUAUCCAAUGAGCAGUCUGUUUCCAAGGCUGAACAAUUUAUCACCAAGUCGGAACAGUCUGUUUCAAAGACGCUUGUCAUCACCACGGAUGAGCUCCUCGCUAUCACCAAGACUAUCCGUAUUGCGUCCAUUACAGGGGACUUGGCUACCGCUGAGAAGGUCCUCACUCAAGAGAUUACUGUCGAUGCCAAGAACUUCACCUGCUAUGCCAACCGCUCUUUUGUUAUGGCACGCAAACUCGACUGGGAAAAUGCGUUCAAGGAUGCAAACAAGGUAUCUCUUGCUAUACGGACGUCGUUGGCCGGUUAUAUCGCUAAAGGUAUCGCCCUCUGCGGAAAACAGCUUGUCGAGGAUGCGAGGACAGCCUUUGACCUGGGGUUCACGUUCACGCAGGGAAAUAUGGAUGCUACAGUGUUCCUUUACUUAAUCAAGGCUAUUGCGCUCUUCAAUGCCAGCAGACACAAAGAGGCAAUGAUUCGUGUGGAUCAGCUGUCUGCUGAUCCUUCUGCCGAUCCCCUCGCUUGUGGUGUCGUGGUGGCGAGUCUGCGGGUCCAACUAGGAACCAGUGCUUUGAAUGGCGCGCGUCAUACUGAGGCCAUCGAGCACUUGACUGCUGCUGUCAAGGCUAGCACUUUCUUGGCUAAAUCUGCUGCUCCCGCUGCUUGCGAGGCUUUCACUGUGCUCUUCGGAUGGGACAUCGAGGCAUUGUGGGAAACUUCCAACAGGCAACUGAUCCUUGCGCUCCUUGGAGCUGGGAGGCUCGGAGAAGCCUUUGAAUCGUACCGUUUCGCGAUGAAUGCAAGUGAUGAAGCUACGAAGACCAGCUUACAUUCUUGGAUCUUGAGUGAGUCUUACCAGUGAUGCCACCCAUGUUACGAUGUUCAACCCUUUUUCACUUAGCGCUCUCGUUGUGAUGAAUAGUGCAGUAUACCUACGCGCAGACUAUUACAUAUGUAUAGCCUGAGUUUGAAACACGGGUAUC